AAAACAAACUGUUUAGAAUGGCUUUUUGUGGGACAUUAUGUGAGGGUUUCUUUGGCAGUGGCUUUCAAAGAGGGCGCCAACAUUCUUCCUUACAGAAAACGCGCCAAAACCCGUAAAGAUUCAUAAAAUUGAAAUGCUCAUUCAAGCAAAAGGUCGAACAGUUUCAGUUCAGAAUCAAAAUCAGUAAAACAAUGGCAGCAGUCUUUGGAUGGUACGGACCUCUAAUUGAUCUCUCCAAAGCGCCUUCCCAUGUCGGCGACUACGUUCAGCUUCUCGUCUUUGUUCACAAAUCCACCCCUGUUCAGUAUAAAUUGUCAAAAAAGGGAGGGAGUGGGAGCGGAGAGAUGGUAAGGAUGGACGUACAGGUGGGUGAUGACACGCGUCGAUAUUUUCCUGUAUCUAUAUGGCAAAAACAAUUGGGGUCCAAGAUUGUUGCUGGUGAUAUUAUUUUUCUACAGAAUGUCAAGGUUGCAAGAUUUAGAGAUGUUAUUGAAGUAAGAACUGAUCAUUGCUCAUUAAUUCAAAGCCUGGUUCGCUCAGAUGAAUUGCUUGUUUCUAAAGGUAUAGAUGAGGCAAUGAAAGAUUGUCGAAUUGGAAUAACAGCAAAGAACAAGCUUCACAAGGUUAUAGAAUGGUUGCAGCGAGCUGGACUUGCAAGUCAUGAUGUUGAAUUGAACAGCGACCAAAGUAAUAAGCAAAUGUUUAUAAAUUGGAAAAUGCAUGAAGAGGUACAACACAAGGACUGUUUUUCUCUUAUGCAAUUAGAACAUCUACCUGAUGCUUCCAAGGCAACCUUCCAUGCUUCAGUUGGAGAAAUCUUUUUGCCGAUCACCUGGAGACAUAUCCCAGAAUCUGAAGUUGAAAAGAUGUUUAUCAGCAGGAGAAUGUAUAUGUUGGGUGAUAGAGAUUUCAUAGAGGAUCUUCUUUGUAAUGGCUGCCAGCUAUGUGGUACCCCUUUGUCUUCUGAAUUUGGGCCACCCAUGAAGCAAAACAGCUUCCCACUUUAUUGCCGGAAAAGCCAAAAUGGUCUCCAUGCUUUGAGCAUGAUAUACAGACCUUUCUUGUUAUAUGUGUGGGACGACUCGCAAUGCCUCCCACUUCUUGUGGCAAAUAAGGCUGCUGAAAUGUUGUUUGGGAAGAUCCCAGCUGAGAAAGUUUACUGUGGUUAUAUAAGGGAAAAGCAUAGACGAGAUAUCAGUGCAAAUUUUGUUUAUGGCCAGAAUCUUUCCUGCGAAAGAACCGCCAAUAAUCUAAAUGUAGCCAAGUCUGCUAUUGGUAAUCCUUCCUCUUCAAGCAUAGACGGGAAAAGAAGACUGAAGGUGAAGCAAGUUUUUUCAAAUGCAAACCAAUAUUUGAUUUGGUUACUGUUGCUAAAAUUAUUAUUUAAACAAGGGAAAAACAGCCCUUUAAAAUUUCAUGUGAAAGUCAAUUCAAGCAGAGACCCUGAGACUGAGAGGUACGAAGUGCUCUCUAUAUCCAUGCCUUCCCGCAGCCAAAAACUCUUCCCUGCAUAGCUUGUUCAGCUAUGCUGUUUGGUUAUUACAUAAAAUCGUAUAACGUUGUUUAGGACCUUGACGUUCGGAUUCAAUUGCUUAUAUCUCUUUCUUCAAUUAAAUGCCUGCUGUGAAAAAGCGAAUUGUUUUAUUAAAUGUUUUGCAAGGCAUUGAUGAUUGUUGGAAGUAAA